AAUAUCUUUGUCUGUGUGUGUGUGUUUGUGUGUGUGUGUGUGUCUCCCGUGUGGGAUGCUUCCCUCCCAAAGCACAACAAUAUAAAAGCUUUAGCCGAGGCUUUGGCCAGCCGUGCUUUGAACAGCCUCCGUCCCUGUUCCUUUCUCUAUCUCUCCAACUCCCCGUCCACCCAUCCAUCCAUCCAGGGAGCUCACAUCGGGAGGAUUCAGAAAUCUCCAUCGGCACCAAAUCCAGCAGCAGCCCCAGCAGCAACACCAGCACCACAACCAGCAGCAGCACCAUGGCCCCAAAGAAGGUGGAACCACCCAAGAAGCCGGAGCCCAAAAAGCCCGAACCCAAGAAGGACGCUCCUGCCGCUGCCAAACCGGCCGCCGCUGCCCCCGCCCCAGAGCCAGAGAAGCCCAAGGAGCCGGACUUCGACCCCAAGAGCAUCACGCUGAGCUUCACAGCCGACCAGAUCGAGGAGUUCAAGGAGGCCUUCCAGCUGUUUGACCGCACGCCCGGCGGCGAGAUGAAGAUCACCUUCGCGCAGUGCGGCGACGUGAUGCGCGCCUUGGGUCAGAACCCGACCAACGCCGACGUGCUGAAGGUCCUGGGCAAGCCCAGGCCGGAGGAGAUGAGCAGCAAGAUGGUGGACUUUGAGACCUUUCUGCCCAUGCUGCAGCACAUCUCCCGCUCGAAGGACCAGGGCAACUUCGAGGACUUUGUGGAGGGGCUGCGCGUCUUCGACAAGGAGGGCAACGGCACCAUCAUGGGCGCCGAGCUGCGGCACGUGCUGGCCACCCUCGGGGAGAGGAUGACCGAGGACGAGGUGGACCGGCUGAUGUCCGGUCAGGAGGACGCCAACGGCUGCAUCAACUACGCUUCGUUCGUCAAGCACAUCCUAUCAGGGUGAGAUGACUUGAGACUUGCGCACAAAAACAAGACAAAACCAAAAAAAUGGACAAAACUGAAUUGUGGGUUUUGAAUGAAUCUGAUGUCACUUUGUAACUGGACACAGUUUUUUUUGUUGGUGAAAUGGGAGAGCAUGCCCUCCAUGUGCAUGUGAUGCUGCACAAAUUGUAAUAAAUAAGAUGAUCAGCUGUGAAAUACUGGCCGUUUUUCAGAGACGCACACAAUGUAAUCUGUGAAGUGUGAAAGCUAGUAAUUACAAAUACCCUCCAUGCCACGCCAGGAAAAUGGAACUGGAAUGUGGAAUAAUUAUUUUGCUGGUUGUACAUUCCAGUUCCAGGGGUGGUCACAUGCAUCAGAAUGUACACAGAUUAUGUUGACGUUUUCUCUGGCGACUUCCAAGAACUGUAAUCCUUGUGUAUGCAUUACAAAUCACUAGAUUUAAUGAAACGGUAAUGAAAUGGUUUUAUAGUCAAAGAGUGCUUUACAUCCAAGGUUUCCCAGUGCCAUUAAAUAACAGCAGUGCUAACAUUAA